GUGGUGAUGGGGCUGGGUGGGAUGUGGUGGGAUGAUCUACGGUGGGAAUGCUGUAUAAAAGUGCAGGAGAAGAGAGAGCAAACUUCACACUGAACCAGUACCCAGAGAGUCAAUCAUACCCACCUGCUCCAACAAACAGGAAUUCUUGCAUCUUGGAGCUAUGUCUGUAAACCUGCACAUCUUCUCCAUUCUGCUCGGAACAGUAUUGCUGCCAGCAAUUUUAAAUAGGACAGAAGCUACUGCCCCUCCUACUGUGGACACUACCUCAGUACCAUCAACCACUCUCACACCGACCACUGUAACCACGGAGCCCUCCACUGCUACUGAAACACACACAACCACCUCCACAACUUCAGCUACUCAGACCAGUACUACAGGGGUCAGUUCAGAGACUGCCCAGACCGCCUCCACCAAUUCCACGGCAGAUCCUGAUGGUGAGGCACAGGAGGGCGGAAGUGGGUUGACCCCUGGAGAGGUUGCAGGAGUGGUGGUGGGGACCAUCGCUGGAGUCGCUGCAUUGGGUGGAGGAAUAUUUGCUGGUUUGAAGUUCAGUGGGAAGCUGGGCUAGCCUCAUCACUUCUUCACUACCUAGAGCCUUAAGACUGAAAGCAGUCCGUUUCUAACAGAAGAAUACUGGAGCUGAGGGCAAUGACAUGAAUGAAGAUGAGUCUCAUCCAGGAUCUGAUGCACUAUAGACACCUUUAAUUGUUAGAGUUUAUAUGAAUAAUCUUUGAUCUGCUAUAAAUUAGGCAAUAGGAUGAAUGGAGUGCACAGAAACAAUAGUCAUUUGCUUCAAGUAUACAGGGGGUUUGGCAGACAGUGAAUUUUAGGGUGCUUUCACUCCUGCCUUGUUUGGUCCGGACUUUCAGACUUUUCAGUUUGGGUCUGAGCCCAAGUAGCAGGUGUGAAAGGGGGUGUGAACCACAAUUUAGACCAAAGGACCAGAGUCUGAUCUGACCCAAAGAAGUAUUCUCAGUCUGGAUCUACUAACCCAUGGUGUGGUUUAUCUGUAGUGUAAAAACACUUUUCUAGAUGGUUGUUUUAGACCAAUUACAGGAAUUUGAGUCAGUCUUUAAACAAACCAAAGGAAAAAGAAAUUGGUGUUGUGCCGAAAUCUGACUCCCCUUGGUUGCCAGGCGCGUCAUUCAGUAGUAUGAACACAAACACUGACAAAGACUGGAAAUUCAGUUAUUUACUGUAACAGUAGAUUAAUACUUAUUUAAAAACAAAGACACAAGCCAUGUUGCGAACUCUGGGCUGUCCUUCCAGGUGUGAAAAUACUCUUAGACAUAAGCAGUGGAGGAAGGGGACAUCUUAUUUUUUUUAAAUGAGAAGGUGUAGGGGUGUAUCAAAUAAAACUGUUUGAGAAUUGUACCAGAAAAAACACAGUGUGCUUUGUGUCAACCACCCAGCACUAUUUUUUAAAAAAGACAUUAAAACUGAGUUCUAAUUUAAUUAAAAGUCAAAGAAAAAGAUGUUUUUUCGAAGUGGUUAAAAUGAUGUAUAUGUUUAGACAUAUUUUUAUGUACAGUUUUAGCUGAAAGUUAAAAUUAAAAGACAUCUUAUGUAGCUAAGGUAAGGAUGUCUUCUUAACUUUAAACACUAUGUACAUGAUAUAGAUACAUUUUAAAGUUGUUUAAACUUAAAUAUCCACAAUACAUACUCAAAAUGGGUCAGUUUUUCAGUGUGGUAAUGAUGCACACUAUUAUCCUACAAAUAUACACAUUUAUAACAGAGAUUGGUCUAAGGCAAGCAUGUGCUUCUGUUUCUAUAAACCCCACUGCAAACUCAAUGAAGGCGGUCUGAGACGCUUGGCCUGGGAGAAGGGGAUGGUUCUUCUAUUCCUGACAAAGCUGAACAUGUCUAUCAAGUUGUCAAAUUGAGGGUCUCUGGACUCACCUGCUCAUUUUGUAGCCACAUCCCCUUCUGCCAGACCAAGCGUCUCAGACUGCCUUCACUGAGUUUACAAUGUGGCCUGAAGAACAAGAAGCAAUGCAGAACUUCCUACUAAAUACUUAUACUUAGUAGGUCUAGUAGGUGUAAUAAACAGUAAAAGUGCAGUUAAUGUAUAUUAUUAUGUAACAAUUUCCAUUUCCAUCAAAUUACAGGAUCAGAGCUGAUUUUUUUUUGCUUUGGUUGCCACUGAGACAAGCCAACACUUCUAGUAUGAUCCAUUUAGGUUUUGUAAAAGUUUCAAACUUAGAACCAGUCAGUUUUUGAGGGUGGUAAUGAUAGAUAUUAUCAUACAAAAACCUGCCAAACCUGCACUAUAAAGAUUAGUGUAUAGUAUACUGUAUAUCUUGUAGUAGUAUUAGUGUGUAGUACACAAUUAGAAUGCAGCCAUGGCCUAACAAGAUUCACCCUUCUCCCAUAGCUUGUGUUUAAAGUUGUUUCAUUGUCUGCCAAACCAUUGUCUUUUUUUACGAGUGUUUCCUUACUUUCAAGACAACAUGUUUGGGUCCAUAUCAGCCAAUAUUUAAUAAGGACUCAGUUGGCUUUCCAAAUGGCUUUCCAUUGUUACAGCUCACCUUAAUAUCACAUGGGUCCCAUCUAGGCCCCAGUGUAUAACUCAGAUGGGGCCCAUGUUUAGCACCUCUGGGCCCAUCACUGUCAUCUAUAUCGUCACUGUCCAAUGAAAAACAAGUACCGGUAUCUCCCAAACAGACACUGUAAAGGAGAGAGAUAUAACCUUCUGAACUUUCAAUAGAAGUCAAAGUAAAAAUAAAAUUUAAAUUGGUCAGUUCAUCAACAAAUUAUGGCACAGUGGUAUGUAGUAAACUAAAAAUCGACAAAAAUUGAGAUACUUGUUUUUUAUUGGACAGCGACGAUAUGUGAGCCAGCAAGGAUCUUGUGGACAAAGCUUUCUGGUGUCCAGUUGAGCUACCCAUACAGGCACCACGUGAGCAUGUUUUCUGGGAUAACGCAAAGCAAGGGCAUCAUUGUUGUUUAGCAGCCUGAUACAGGCACAGCAAUGAAAAACAUUUUACAUAAAAUUUAUAUUUGUAUAAAUAUA